AAUAAGUAGGUAAGUUACAAAAAAAUUUAGAAGAAAAAUCUGAAAUAUUCGCUUGCAAAUGGACUCUAUAAAGAAACUAGUUAUCAAACAAAGUUUCGUGCGUGACUGCCCGCAAUACUUUUGUGUAAAAUGAACAAGAACGUAAAGUUAUUUUUGGUAUCAUAUCUAUCGUAAUUUCUGUAAGUUGUGUUCUACAUACGCUAUUUUUUAUACGUAAGAAAUGGACGACAUAGUAUUUAUUGGUGAUUGGAUAAAGGAAAGGGAACUUGGAAAAGGAAGUUUUGGUACUGUCGUAUUAUGGAAACACAAAAAAACAGACGAGAAACUAGCUAUAAAGACAUGCCAGUGGGGCGAUGAACUUUCUGAGAAACACAGAGCGCGAUGGACGAAGGAAGUGGAAAUGUUACAGGGCUGCCGCAAUCCAAAUAUUGUGGGUACCAAAGAUUUGCCUCCAGAAUUCGUCAAAGGACUCGAGCGCGCCAAUCCAUCGGGCCUACCAAUUCUUUGUAUGGAGUACUGCAGCGGUGGUGACCUUCGGCAGGUGCUCAACAAACCAGAAUCAUGUGCAGGCCUCAAAGAACAACAAAUUAGACAAAUACUCAGUGAUCUCAGAUGCGCUAUGCAUUUCCUACAUCAGAACAAAAUUACACACAGAGAUCUCAAGCCUGAAAAUAUUGUGAUGCACAUAUUAGAUUCAGUACAGAGUAAUGUAGCUGUGCAAGGCCAAAGAAAGGUAAUUUAUAAACUAAUAGACCUUGGGUAUGCUAAAGAAAUAGAUUCUAACUCUGUUUGUGCCAGUCUAGUAGGCACUUUACAGUACCUAGCCCCAGAAAUCAUGUACAGCAAGACAUACAGUAAUUCUGUUGAUUUUUGGUCAUUUGGUUUGGUUGCUUUUGAACUAAUCUGUGGUAAAAGACCAUUCUUGCCCUUCAUGGCCCCUGUGCAGUGGAUGCCCCAUGUUAAGAAGAAGGCCCAUGAAAAUGUAUGUGUGUAUGAAACUUUCCAUGGGGACAUUGAAUAUUCAAAUGAAGUAUUCCCAGAGAAUUAUAUUUCCAAACCAUUCAAGGCCUUAAUAGAGCAAUGGCUGAGAAUUGCUCUUGAAUGGGAUCCAAAACUAAGAGGCAGAGACUCCCCAUCACGAGUAACCUUCAACAUACCAAGUGAACAGAAAGAGGAAGCCAGUAAAAUUGUUAUAUUUGAUGUCCUUGAAAAGAUUUUAGAAAAGAAAAUAGUUAAUAUUUUCUCUGUAGCAACUUUAUCUAAGCUUGCCUACGAAGUUGAUGAUGCAACAACUGUCCAAAUGCUAAAAUCUAAGAUAUGCAAUGAUACCAAAAUUCCUACAAGUGAACAAAUUUUGAUAACUCAGAUGAACUACAUGGAGCCUGGGGAUGAUGAAUGUAUUGUUAAGUACUGGAAUGAAAAUAUUAUGUUGUUCCUUUACAACAAGACUUAUAUUAUGAAAGACAAUGUAGAAGCAAUUGUCCCAAAAGCAGUACAGAGGUGUUUGGAACAUCCAAAAGCAUUUUAUAAUUAUAAAAACAGCCAAAACUUAUACAAGAAUGCCUUAUAUCUUGUUAUGUCACAAAUGGAGUUGUAUGAUUCUCUUAUCAAUGGAUUGUUUGUUAGAGCUGAGUCACUGAAAUGUGAAGGAAAACAGUUGUUAUUGAAACACAAUUCAGUUGAUAAAAAUAUUGGUAAUCUUCUUGCCAGACAAGAAAUACUCAAGAAGAUGACUGAUUCUGGAAAAGCACACAUAACUGAGUUAAAGGAAUCAAAUGGAUCUCACUUACUUGGCGGUUUUGAUAAGAUUUUCAAAAAUGCAGAUGACAUUACAGGAAGAAUACAAAAAUUACAAACUGCUUGGAGCCAACUCACUGUGAGACUGCAGUCAGCGACUAGACGCAGCAACGAAGUCAUCACAGCUGACAUCAACAACUUUGUCACCAAGCACAACUACCAGGCUGUGUACGCUAAUGCUUAUAAAGCAUUUUUGAAUUAUAAGAAAGGUGAAUCAGCUAACCGAGGUAGAGAAGUACAGUGCCAUGACAUAGUAGAGAUAUGUUACUACUGCCUCAAACUCAGAAACAAGAUAUUACAAGAAGUUCGUCAACAGGCCUUUGUGUUGAAACUUAUGGAUGUGAGUACAGAAUUUUCAAAGAUUGAUGACAUUGUCCUCAAUGCAGCAGAUUCUACCAAUAAAUUGAUGACUGAUGUGACAAACUUGUUAGAUGAGCUGACCAAGUGUACAUGGGCAACUAUUAGCUGUGUAGUAAAAGAUGCUGAUGGGUUCUCGAAUGUACCAUACAGUGUGGUGUCCUUUGAGAAGAAGGACUUCAAGAUUGGAGAACCUGUAUCUAACCAUUGCAUCAAAAUGACCAACAAAUUAGAAGAUGACGAAGUACUGAAAUCUCUUAUUGAGGACAGUAUGAAGAUAAGACAAAGCCAAAUGAAUUUAUCAUUGAAAUUGAACUCGCAAAAGGAGUUGCUGAAGAAGUUAGAUUUUAGCUUUUUGAAAGAUGACUAGACUAAAUUAUUGAGAUUUAUCAUCAGUAUGCCUUUAUUCUAAGUAACUUGGGGUGGAUGCAAUCGCUUCUUCCAUUCUCUCCUAUCAAUUCGAACCGCCUUCUGUCGUAUUGUUCCUCCUACAAUCUUUACAGCUUUUCCUUGGGUGUGCUCUUUGCCAAUGUAAACAAAAUUGUUGAAGAUUGUGAUUUUGUAAUAUAAACAGUGCCUUAUUGUCUGUGUAAUAAUUAAUAAUAUAGUUAUACUUUGUUUGGUGCUAAAAAUAGUAAUUUUAAUGCAUUUAUUUUUGUAUGUAUUCUUACUUUAAAUAAGUACCUACUUAUUGUUGUCUUUAAAUACUUUUAGAGUUGCUAAAAACGUAAGUUAUUUGUAAGAGAAACUACUUACUUCUUAUGAAUUUAUACACUAACAAUUUAUCUUCUAGUCAAAAGCAUAAUAAAUAAUAUAUUGAACAAAUAACAAAUAAAUGUAUAAUUGUUUGAA